AUGGAAUUCACUUUGCGGCAGUGUUAUUGCCAGUGCCAAGUACUGAGAGUGCAAAAUUUAAUGUUGGAAAUAACCAACAAUGUCUAUAAUCAACCAUAAUGUGAAGGUGAUCAACUUUAGCAAUAAUGAAGCAGUGACUUACCCGAUAAUCAAAAUAAUUGGAACUGUCCAAUAUGCUACUAGCGUAUCGUGCCAAAUCCCAGCGGAUAGAAAUGUUUACCUGACUUUGGAAAAUAAUACAAAGUUAUCCGCAAAUAUGGUGGACAAUAAAUUUAAAUUUUUAGUAGAACUUGGGAAAGGUAAAAAUCAAAUUACCAUCAAGUAUUGCUGCGAAACGAUUGAUAUUUCUUUGGAAUAUUUUUCUCUACCAUGCGAAAAUGCUGUGAUACCUCUAUAUGUGAUAUGUGAUGGGCAUGAUGGAUGUUUCCAAGCGCCACCAUGGGAAAACAACGGUAUUGAAAGUGCCUGCCAAAGAAUAACUCUGGGUUCAAAACUUUUGCAAUGUGUGACUGCAGAAAAACUUCAUGAACAUGGCUUAGGCAGAAAAACUUUCAGUUUGGAAAGUGAGUGCCAAAUAUUCAGAAGUAAAUUGAAUUAUAUUGAUGCUGAAAAUAUGAGUCAACUGGAGUUAUGGGAACAUAUUGGUCGAGAAAUCCUGCAAUCCGAUAUAGGAGCGGAAAAUAAAAAGUACUUGGCAUUUUUAUCAUGUACCAAAUACUGUAGCGAAAAAUAUGUAGAAACACUGAAAACACAUGAAGAUUUGUUAUCGAUAACUCGAGGAUACGUAGCUCUAGGUGGUGGUGGCUUAGCUCUUUUCGGAACAGCCUGUUUAUAUACGUGGCCAGAAAAGUUUGAGAAAAUCAUCGAAAGAUUUGAAGAUCCUACGCUGGUAGACCGAACCCGAUUCUUAGAUGAUAGCUGUUACAGGGGGACUAUUGGUGCCUGCUUCUCUACAACGUUAGGAUCUGUUCUUCACGAACUUUACCACACAUUCGAUUUGGGGCACACAGAAGAUGGAAUAAUGGGCAGAGGUUUUGACAACAUAUACAAGGUUUUUACUAAAUUUGACUUGUCAACAAAUCAAAAUAUGGGAAAUACUAUUGAAACCAAAAAUACAUUUCUAGAUAAAAUAGAAUUCAAAGAAAAAUUAGAACCGGAAAGUUUGGCAGAGAGACUGCAAAGCCAGAAGCGAAAAAAAGAAUUUACCGUCAUUAAAAAAUUCGAAGAAGUAGACGACACUGUUUUAUCAAAGAGUUGUGCUGCGAUAUUAUGUUACCAUAGGUGUUUCAAUCAAGUUCCGUCAAAGCAAUCGUCCUUGCUUUCUUUUGACUCCUCAAAUAAACUCAUAAAGUCGACUUCAGGCAUCAGAGUCAUUGAAAUAAGAAUCCCAAACACAGAGUUUGUUAUAUUCAGUUGGGUUUUCGAUGGGAGGAUUCUCAAAUUUUCAUUCCAGAUACCUCAAGAAGUGAUAAUUGAGCUAUGUGACAAAACCAAUAUAAUUUUCGUCGAGGACACCAUUGGCAGUAUAUUAAAAGAAUCGUUCAGAGUUUAAUAAAUUCCGAGUCAUUAGUCCAGUAGAAACAAUUUUCAAUAGAAUCUAUUUUUAACGUUUACCUACGCUUGAAAAUUUUAGAUCUUGAAGAUAUGUUUACAUAUGUUGUAUUAUGAAUAUCAUAGGUAAUUUAUUUUUCUUACUAGAGGAUCAAACUUAUACAGAAGUUGUAAUAUAUAUUGCAUUCAUCCUGUCA